AUGGUCCAUUUCCAGGAGGUCGUCAUCGUUGCUGCUGUCCGAACUCCCGUCGGCUCGUUCCAAAAGUCGCUCGCCAAGUUCACGGCUACUGAACUCGGUGCCCUUGCUAUCAAGGGCGCCUUGGCCAAGGUCCCCAAUCUCCCUGUCGCGCAGGUUGAGGAGGUGUUCAUGGGCAACGUCGUCUCGGCGGGUCUGGGACAGGCUCCCGCUCGCCAGGCUGCCCUCAAGGCUGGACUCUUGGACAGCACCGAGGCCACCACCGUCAACAAGGUCUGCGCUUCCGGCAGCAAGGCUGUGAUCUUUGCCGCCGAGACUCUGGCCCUCGGACACCGCUCGGUUGUCGUCGCCGGCGGCAUGGAGAGCAUGAGCAACGUGCCCUUUUACUUCCCACGCGGCGCCCAGUUUGGCCACCAGACAGCCCAGGAUGGCAUCAUCAAGGAUGGUCUGUGGGAUGUUUACAACAACGUGCACAUGGGCAACUGCGCCGAGGAAACGGCUGUCGAGUACAACAUCACCCGCGAGGAGCAGGACGCCCAUGCGAUCUCGUCCUACAAGCGCUCCGCUGAGGCCUGGGAGAAGGGUCUGUUCAAGGAAGAAGUCAUCCCCGUCACCAUCAAGAGUCCCAAGGGCGACAAGAUCAUCGAUCGCGACGAGGAGUACACCAACGUCAAGUUUGACAAGAUCCCCACUCUCAAGGGCGUCUUUGUCAAGAGCGGCACCGUCACUGCCGCCAAUUCCUCGACUCUGAACGACGGUGCCUCGGCUCUGAUCCUGACGACCCGCGCCAAGGCCGACGAGCUCGGCAUCAAGCCUCUUGCCCGGAUCCUGUCCUUUGGCGAGGCCGCCACUGCUCCCAAGAAGUUCACCAUCGCUCCGAGCCUGGCCAUCCCGAUUGCCCUGAAGCGCGCUGGAUUGUCCAAGGACGACGUGAGCCUCUUUGAGAUCAACGAGGCCUUUAGUGCCGUCGUCAAAGCCAACGAGAAGAUUCUCUCUCUCGAUCCCGCCAAGAUCAACGUCGCUGGCGGUGCCGUCUCGCUCGGCCACCCUAUCGGAUCCUCUGGAUCCCGCAUCCUCGUCUCCCUGGUGCAUCUGCUCAAGCCCGGACAGAUCGGCGUCACGGGCAUCUGCAACGGAGGCGGCGCUGCCUCGUCCAUCGUCAUUGAGCGCCUCUAG